CGAUGCUCACGUGACUUCAGCGAGCGAACCGACAGCACAACAAUGUCCACUGUAACCCUGACUCUCUUUUAUGCAAUAAUAUGUUGCGCCCUGACAGAAAACAUAGCAAACGUUUCGUCUCCGAACAUUAUCAUAAUGCUCAUGGAUGACAUGGGCUGGGGGGACUUGGGGGUGCUUGGCCAGCCCUCUAAAGAGACCCCCAACCUGGAUGCCAUGGCUGCUCAGGGGAUGCUGUUUCCUAACUUCUACACCGCAAACCCACUCUGCUCCCCAUCCAGAGCUGCACUUCUCACCGGCAGGCUGCCUGUCAGAAACGGUUUCUACACCACAAAUGGCCACGCCAGAAACGCAUACACACCGCAGGAGAUGGUGGGAGGAAUCUCUAAGGAUGAGAUCUUAAUACCCAAGAUGCUGAAGAAAAAGGGCUACGUCAGCAAGAUAGUUGGUAAAUGGCAUCUGGGCCACAGACCUCAGUACUUGCCUCUGGAGAACGGUUUCGAUGAAUGGUUUGGUGCACCGGACUGCCACUUUGGUCCUUACAACAGCAGCAUCAGACCCAACAUCCCGGUCUACAACAACUCUGAGAUGCUUGGCAGAUACUAUGAGGAGUUUAAGAUUGACAAGAAGACCGGGGAGUCGGACCUCACACAAAUGUACUUGCAGGAAGGCCUCGACUUCAUAGUCCGUCAGACUGAGGCCCGCCGGCCCUUUUUCCUCUACUGGGCAGCGGACGCCACCCACGCCCCCGUCUACGCCUCCAAGCGCUUCUUAGGGAAGAGCCAGCGAGGCCGAUACGGCGACGCGGUGAUGGAGCUGGACUACAGCGUCGGUCAGAUCCUGUCACUGCUGCAGAGUCACGGCAUCGCAAACAAUACCUUCGUCUUCUUCACCUCGGACAACGGAGCCGCUCUGAUGUCUGGUCCGGGCGAAGGCGGGAGCAACGGGCCGUUCCUCUGCGGGAAGGAGACCACCUUUGAAGGGGGGAUGAGGGAGCCAGCCAUCGCCUGGUGGCCCGGACACAUCAAAGGAGGCGCGGUGAAUUUCCAGUUGGCCAAUGUGAUGGACCUGUUCACCACCAGUCUGGCUCUGGCCGGCGUCGACCCUCCGGAUGACAGAGCCCUGGACGGACUGGACUUGACACCAGUCCUGCUAAACCGGCCACACGCACUCCAGAGCAGGCCGAUCUUCUACUACCGGGGGAACGAGUUGAUGGCGGUGAGGCUGGCCGAGUACAAGGCGCACUACUGGACUUGGAGCAACUCGUGGGAAGAGUUUAACAGCGGCAUCAACUUCUGUCCAGGUCAAGAGGUCCCGGGUGUGACCACUCACGACCAGAAAGAGCACACAAUGCAGCCCAUCGUUUUCCACCUGGGGCGGGAUCCUGGGGAAAAGUACCCUAUCAGUGUUUUGACUGAGGAGUACCAAGAUGUGCUGAGCAGGAUCUCUCUGGUUGUGGAGCAGCAUGAGAGGACUCUGGUGCCGGGUGUUCCUCAGCUCAACAUGUGUGACGUGGCGGUGAUGAACUGGGCCCCUGCAGGCUGUGAGAAGUUGGGAAAGUGUCUCAAAGUGCCCAAAUCUGAGCCCUGGAAGUGUGACUGGCCACACUGAGACAUCAGGAAGCGAAACCUCAAGAUGUGCCUUUCUAUAGAAAAACAAAGUUAAAAAAAAAAGGAUUUUUUUAAAAGGAUAUGUCUUGACUUGGAAAAGAAGGACAUGGAAUAGUGAUGGCAUAACAGCAAAGGCCACACAAGCUCUAACUGCUCUGGGAAAAAACUGCAUCAAGAGCGAAUGGUUUUAAGUCGGGAUUGAAAUGAAAUGAGGCAAAUGUAUUUAUUGACCAAGCAGUGAAUCACACCACACAGGACUUCUGGAAUAGUUUUGUAUCUUUCUUGCACCCGUAUCGCAACACAUUUUUUAAUAAAAAAUAUAUUUUAAUACAAU